AUGAAAAAUCAAACAGAAAGUCAAUUAGAAAAUAAUAUAGAAGAAAUUGCCUUUACUAAUAUUAUAGAAUAUAUUUUUAAUAAAAUUACUAACCUUGAGGAUGAUUUUGUUUUACCAGCUUUUCAAGUUGAAUUAAUUAAUAAUUUGAUUAAGAUAAUUCAAGAUGGAGAACUUGAUCUAGAAUCAGCCAAUAAUUUGGUUGAAAGGGAUGAUACAUUUGAUCCAAAAAUGUACCAG